UUAAAAUCUGUUCGUGUCUGUGGUCCUCGAUACUGGCCUCAGGUUAUUGAGCUUUGUCCUGAGGAAAAAGGUUGGUGGAAAUCUGGGGACCAGCACCACCCUUUUAAUUCAGGCGUUUUAUAUGUCAAGAGAAAAGUCGGAGCUUGUUCUUAUGCGGAUGAUCCCAUAGGAAGUCAAUCUUUGCUAUCACGAGCAUUGCACAAG